AUGAAAGCAUUUCAAAAACAUCUUCAGAUCGGGUCCUCAUCUCAAAACAAAUCUCAAUCAGCGCCUUCACCUUCCCUGAAGAUUGACGAGCAAUCUCAAUGGGUCGCUUUCCCUCCACUACCUUCUCCAGCUAAAAACUCCUUUUCAACGGCGGUCCAAUUCGUUUCUACUACCUUCAAACCGUUCGCUGAUAGCUCAGCACGUCAUUCUCCUCCCGUUACUUCUACUCAGAAUAAUCGAAAUGUCCCAGCUCCAGUCUCUAGACCUCCAGCGAUCUCCAAUUCAACACUUGCACAUCCUUCUCCACUUUUGAAACGUGUUCGCACUCAAACUGACCCGACUCAUCGUACUAAUCUCAGCCGAAAACGUAGCAAGUCAGAUAUAGGACAAAGCCCCAGCCAACCUCGAAAAACUGACGAGCUAUCACAUCUUCGCUCUCGAUAUCCCAUCAUAGAGAAUGAAGUUUUCGAAAAAAACUCGGCACUAUUCGGUUCCCUCAAUUCGCGUCCAUUCAACUCACGACAAAGAGCGUAUGGCUCUUCAGCUUCUCUAGCGUCCAAUCUGACUACCGCACCAUCUUCGCGUCGUCGCGUGGAUGUUCAAAACCCAGGUGUGCUACUUCGACACCGUCAUCGGACUCUUACCAAUACUAAACCGAACGAGCCUUUAUGUCGACAAAUGUCUUUACGCUCAGUCCCUAGUACAACUUCUCCUUAUACACACUCCAACUCACGUCCUUCGAGUCCUGACGCCACGUCAAUGACCCGGAACGGCCGUCAACGUGCUAAAACAAUCGGCUCAGUGCUCGCAGGCGAUUCUAAAUCAAAACCACGCUCUACUUACAUUGGUGGUAUGGGAGAAUAUUUGAACAAACAAGGAGAUGUAAACGUUACAGGCCGAGUAUUACAAGAAAGAAGGGCAGUCAGUCGUAGGAUAGAAACCCCCAAAUUAACUAUCGAUGUAAGCCUCUGUUCACCAACACUAGCACAAGGUCCAACAAGUGCACCGGCACAAGGAUGGUAUAAUCGUUUAAUUUUAUCGCCUAUCUCGUCAGCCAGUUCAUCUGUGUUCAGCUUCUUGGGUCACCAACAUCAUCAUAACCAUCAAGGAAUGGAAGAAACACCCAAGAUUGAAGAAGAAGAUGAAGACAAAGGAGAUAGUUCUAUGGAGCUCUUUCCUUCACCUCCUCAAGAAUUGUAUCCUUUCAGAUCAUGGGACUUUUAA